AUGGAGGACCAGCAAGCCGUGAACUUUGUCCGCUCGCGGCUGCCACCCCCAGGCUCCAGGAAGGGUCUGGUGCCCGUGCUACAGGAGCUGUUGGACUCCUGCUGCGCCAGCACCCCCACCCAGCGAGGAGGUCGUGGGUGGAUCCGGGGAGUGUCCGUUGUGGGGCCAUGA